AUGAAAACUGCUUUGUCACAAAUGCAAAUUAAAAUUAUUCUAUGUUUGGCAAAUAUCUUAAAAAUUAGCAUUGAAUCAGAAUUGCCAUAUGCUAAUGACAUUUUAAACAAGUCAAAAAAGUUGAUUGAGAUUUUAGACAAUGAUACGAAUCGUCAAAAUUUAAGAGACAUUCAACAACAAAUUGAUCGAAAUAUUAGUAGAAAUGAUGAAAAACUAAAAGAAAAUAUACUAUCUGAUGUUGAAUUUGAUAUAUGUAGAGAACUUGAUAUUAUUUUAAGCCUAUUCUAUGAAUUAACUAAAAUGUUGAAAGGUUCAAAAUAUCCUUCAUUAAGUUUUAUGACCCCAGCAAUUGAAAAUCUUAGACAACGUCUUAAUAUUUAUCAACUUAAAAAUGAUGUCAUUCGACAGAUAAUAAAUACUAUACUAGACAAUCUUAAAAAGAACUUUGAAGUGCCUUCAACUCUUGGACUAUAUGGGUCUUUUUUUGAUUCUCGUUUCAAAAAGCUGCUUUAUAUUGAUAGUGUAAAUA